AUGCCACUGACUGCGGAGAGUGCAGCCCAACAGAUUCAGGACCGGCUGAAGGAUAUUCAACAACAUAUUCACAUUGUGGAUGAGGAGCGUCGUCGGGCGGAGAACUCCAUUUCCAGCCUGGUGCGAUCGCUCCAUGCCACCAACCAAAAGGUGAAACCCCUGCUCAAGGCCAGCUUGAUGGAGGCUGCCCAGGAGGAGGCCACAAUUCGCGCCGCCCUGGCCAAAAUCCACGAGAUUCGCAGCAUUCGCAACGAGAGGCGGAUCCAAGCUCGAAAUGCUGGAAACAAGGAGGCCAUUCGACGAGGAGCCCUCAUGAAAAUGGUCCAAUUGUCCGCUCAAACGCUGCCCUUGUUCGUUGGAAAACUGGGAGAACGGGCACCGGCUCUAUGUGGAGCCAUUCCAGCCGAGGGAAACUAUGUGGCCAAGGUUGGCGACAAUGUGGCAGCUUUAGCCAAGGGAAUUGAUGAGGAGGAGAACUGGAUCCUGGCGGAAGUAGUGCAGUUCUUGCAUCGCCAGAACAAAUACGACGUGAUCGACAUCGAUGAGGAGCAGAAGGAUCGUCACGUGCUGAGCAAGCGGAAGGUUAUCCCUCUGCCUUUGAUGCGUGCUAAUCCAGAGACUGAUGGUCACGCCCUCUUCCCCAAGGACACGGUGGUAAUGGCGCUAUAUCCACAGACCACCUGCUUCUACAAGGCCAUUGUACACCGCCUGCCGCAGACCGCCACUGAGGACUACGAGGUGCUCUUCGAGGAUUCGUCGUACAUGAAUGGCUAUGCCGAACCCUUGCCGGUGGCCCAGCGCUAUGUGAUUGCUUAUCGUCCAACGAAAAAGGGCGCCGGCAGUGGCAGCGGAAAUCUCUCAUCAGCUUAAUUCCUUAAAUAAAUAAGAAUAAAACAAG